AUGUCCACCUCCCUAUUCCUCCUCUCCAUGACAAAACCGCAACGAGGUGGGCAUUCCCACGCCCAACCUCCUGCUGCCCACUCCCACCAGUCCACCGGGUGGUCGAGUGGUUACUCCCAUCCAACCAGAAGUUCCCUAUCAGGAACUGUAACCUAUCCCACCUCCUCAGGAGAAGGAUACGGUCCAGGCAGCUCCAGGAUGCCUGGCCACACACCCGUGGGUCCCACUUCCCACGGUCACCCACUACCGUGCACUGGUCCACCAGCCCGCUUUCCCCAACAACUCCCGCUACCGGUACGCUCCCAUGAGCGCCAAGUCACCGAUAGCCACCAACUGGGUGACUCCCUUUGGGAGUCCCAGUAUCCCUCACUACCGGUACGCUCCAUUGAGCACCAAGUCACCGCUAGCCACACACUCCCAGCACACCCGCUACCGGCACGCUCCCAGGAGCGCCAAGUCCCCAUUAGCAGACAGCCAGGUGGCUCCCUCAAGGAGCCCACAUCAUACUCGCUACCGGUACGCUCCCAGGAGCACCAAGUUACCGUUGGCCGACACACAGGUUACACUGCCAGACACUCCUCCCAUUCCGUUCUCCCUCCGAUGGCUACGCAGCCACCUCCAUUAGUGAGCCGAACGGCUCAGGUUGGGUUCCCCGGAACCCGUCCCUGUAACAUUGGUGCCCCAACCCCGGUCGCACCAUCAUCAAACUCAAUCGUGCGACCUCGAGCUCACACACAGGAGGAUUACUCAUCUAACUUAGGCACUGUCAACUCAGACUAUCAGUAUUCCACUAUCCCACUAAAGCGUGCGCUAGACGAGUUUUCAUCACCACGGAGAUUCUCUUAUGAGCGCACGCCUAUGGACUUGCUACAUGAGUGGCAACAGCUGGGCCCAGACGACAUAGAGGUUCAGUCAUUCCGCAAACUGGCUACAGACUCCUCAACCUCUUACCGCAUCACGGACGAGCGCGGUCAACAGCUGAUACUGAUCCUUCAAGCGAUGGACCGGUUCACCCAAACCAUCUCCAACUCCAAUCUCAUCCCCGCCAUGUUCAAGGCAGACCCAGGACAGAUCAUCCUUACGACGUUGAUCACAUUGGGCUGGACCGAGUUAAGCACUUUACAUCGAACUUGGAACUAUUUACAGCGAAAACUAGCUGAUUUCGUUCUACAUUUCGAACAUGUUAAGGAGGUCCUUGUCCUCACACAGUCCCGAGCAGCGAGCUCCCGUAUCGUCACAACCAACCCCUCAUUGGUACCAGUACGACCUUGUACACCUGAGGUCGUUGCGAUAUCGCCCGCUGCGGUGAAUCCGGAGUCGCCCUCACUGCGCCUGUCCUCGGUGCCAGAUGGCGCAGUUGCAGCCUGUGCAUCGAGCACGACACGCCACAACAGCUUGAUGCUCCAGUCUCGUCAAACGACUGCUCCUGCGCAACACUCACUCGAGCCGGCACACCCAAUGGUGCAACUUUGUCCAAUUGUGGCAGGUUCGUUAUGCGCAGGGCACCUCACCAGCCCAACUCGUCGCAAGACAGAAUUGAUAUCACUGGCUGCUCGUUUGGUUCGACCAGCUGCUGACCGUUCAAUAAGCACUACGGGCCUCAUUAGACCAUCACGUUACAAGGGCAAACUGCCAUCCUUGCCCAUUCAGUUGAACCUCUCAACCGAUCCGACACAACGCCUGCCCGAGCUAUCACACUCACAUAAGUCGUUGCAUCCAGAUGCAACCUGCCCAUCGAGUGCCAGGCACCUUGACGGUCCAACACAGCACACAGUGGAAUCGACGCUCCCAACUGUCCAGACGGACCAACCAUCCGCUCUUCCGCAACACCUGUUUAAAGUGCAUUGCUCAGUCCAGGCUGGUUCACUGAUUGCGACUCACUCCACUAGUAUGACGCACCGCAUGGCAGAAUCAUCAUCUGUGCCUGCUCAACCAGUCGAAGCAACGGACCCAGCUGUCCAGCUGGAGCGUCUGGCUGCACCUUCGCAGUGCUCUUCAGAGCUGGCACGUCCAAUUGAGUCAAAUUGCUCAAACACCGUCUGUUCAUUGACUGAGCUGGGUCCCUCCACUGGUCCUUCACGGUGUCUGCCCGAGCCAACACAUGCAGAUGAGCCACAUCGCUUAGCCACGGCCUGGUCAUCGAGUGCACGGCACACCCCCAGCUCGACACAUCGCGCACUCGAAUCCACGUUUAAGCGCCCAACUGUUCAGAUGGAUCGCUCAGCUACGCCCUCAUGGUAUCCAUGCAAGUCGGUAUACUCGAACGAGCUGUCCAGCUCAGUCUCCACCCCAACUGCGACACACACUGUCGGGCCAAUGUGUCUCAUGGGUGAGCCGACACCAUUAUCCCUCCAGCUGGGAUCUCCAACUGGCUCUUUGCGGCAUCCACCCGAGCAAACGCAUUCAAAUGAGUCGUUUUGCUCAGUCGCAGUCUGUCGGUCAAACCAACGGGCUGUUACUUCGCCGCACUCACCUGGGUCAGCGUGUCUGCCCGAGCGACAUCGUUCCGUUACAGGUUGUCUGUCAAUGGCAACACGUUCCCUUAGUGCUACACAUCACGAGGUCGAAUCAUCAGCCUUGCCAUGUCAAUCGGAUUAUAUAGCUGCCCCUUUGCGGUGCUCACUGGAUCCAGCGUGCCUGUCCGAGCAGUCUCAUUCAAUUGUGACUGGUUCGUCGGGUACGACAUGCACCGCUGGCUCAACACGCUACAAGGUUGAACCGGCAUCUUUGCCUGUUUGUUCAGAUAGUGUAGCUGUUCACUCAUGUCACCCAUUUGACCCGGGUGGUUCAAGCGAGCCAGGCAGCUUAGUCCCCACCGGCUUAUCAGCUGCGAUGCACGCCAUCAAGUUGAUGCGCUACCCAGCCAACCAGGCAUUGCCGCUUGCCAAGCCGGAACGCUUGCAUGCGCUGUAUGACUCUGAGGUGGUCUACCCAUCGACUGCAAGGCGCUUCACUAGUCGGACACGUCGUGUGGUCAAAUCGUGGUUCAAGUUCCCGAUUGCCCAGACAGAUUGCCAGGCUGCACCCUCAAGGCACCCACCAGAGCUAGUGUGCCUGAAUGAGCCAGACUGCCUAGCUACCACCUGUUCUUCCACAGUGAUGCUCCUUAGUAGCUUGACACGCCUUUUGGCUGAGUCGACAUCGUCACUCGUCCGGCCAAGCUUCCCAGCUACCCCUAGGUAUCAUCCUUCCAAGACCGCGUGCUCACCUGGACUGGAACAUUCAGGGGUGGUCUAUGCAUCGAACACGGCACACUGCCCACAUUUUCCAGACGUCCCUUUGUGUUGUCCUCCCGAAAUAGUGUGCCCACACGAGUCACGACGCUCAACCAAGGCCUGCUCACCGUGCACAACGCAUACUGUCGCUAUAGCGCGUCGUACAAUAGAGCUGAUGCGCACGCAGGUUCAGUCGAACCCGUCGAUGGUCACCUUGUGCCGUCCUCCUGAGUUGGUGCACUUGUUGGAGCCAUAUAGCUCAGUCACUCUGGUAUAUCUGCAUGGGCGGAACCUCCCAGGAGCGGAUGACCUGUCGAGUUAUUCGCGUUGUCCUCACGAGCUGGGGCACUGUUAUUAUCUGUACCAUCCAGCCAGCGCUGGAUCGCUAAUUGUGACGAAUUCUAUCGUCUCGACGCGUCAGACGAUCGCACGAUCAGUCGGCAUUGGUGUUCGGGCUCACAACAAAGCUCUCAGUAGUGAAGUUGACGUGCCCAACCCCCAGCUGGACGGAACCCAGAUCAUGACACCAAUGUUGCAAGACUACGCCAAUGAUGCCGAGAGCAAUUGUCUUACGAUCAUCCCAUCCUUUGACGGUUGGACCCAUAAACUGUCGUCCCUGCCUGCCCAGUUGGAUCCUCUGACAAAUCCUUCACAUCACCCAUGUGAGCUAGAACACUCUUGUGAACUGCACCGCUCAGCCACGGCUGGUUUGCCAAUUACGAUGGUUUCCAGUGGUUUGGUGGGUCAAGUGAUUGAGCCAAUGUCAUCAUCUGCAUAUAUACCGACCACGAUGCACUUCCUCGAUUCGAUGCACCGUGUGAUCAAAUUGGCAUCAUCGCAUGAUCAGUUGGAUUCCCCAGCUGUUCCUGCGCGUCGACUUCUCAAGUUGGCACGCUCGAACGGACCGACUGCAACCCAUUUGCCAGUCCUGAUACCCUUCAUCGGUUCCACAUGUCAAUCCUUUCAGGCGGAAGGGCGACCCAUCAUCCUUAUAGACGCUCACACUUUCAACAAAGCUUUCGAAUGCGACAUCUACCUGUCUAACCUCCAGCUGGGUGGAACUCAGAUUAUGCAUAAGAAUGGGGUUUCUCAUUUGGUUACAUUGAGUGGUCUCGAAGGAACGACACUGAUGUGGUUAAGCUACGAUCUUGGUAUCGAGGACGACCGACUUCCAAUUACCUCACCCAUCGACAGUUGGCCCAAGAUUGCAUGUUGGCACAUGCCACAUCGCUCAGCAACGGCACACUCACUGAUCGUAACACAUUCCAUCGAUUCAAUGCAUCAAAGGAUCUCACGACCCAUCGGUAUUGAUGCGCGUCGCAUCUAUCUCGGUCACCAAUCCAUCCAGGUUAAAGGGCAGCAUAUCAUCCUCACAGUUAUUCCGGUUCUCAAUGAGGAUCUCAACUACGGAAUCCAUGCAGCUAAUCCCCAGCUGGGCGGAACUCAGCUUACGACAUCAAUGUGGCUAGGCUGCGUCCUUGAUGUCAAGGGCAGCCGUCUCCCAACCACCUUGCCCAUCGACGGCUGGAUAACUUCACUUGCCCAGCCAAGUUACUUGACGGUUACCGUGUGCUGUCCCAUCGAGAUGAUGUGCUCAUUUGAGUCAUACAGCUCAUCGGUGGUCCAUCUGUCAACCAUAGCGUCUCUCCAGUCGGAUCCUCCGACUGACCCCCCGCGUAAUCCUAUCACGCUGGCACGCUCACGUGUGCCAGGUCAUUCAGGGGCAGGCAAAUCAUCAAGCGCGAUGCACCCUGUUGACCGUCUAGGUGCUCUUUUGUCUUACCCUCUCAAGCCGGAGUGCUCGUGCCAUCUGUGUCACUCAGUCGCAGCUGGUCGGCCGAUUAUGAUGAAUCACAUCCGCUUGCCCUGCCAAGCGGUUGAGCUGACCUCUUCGUCUACUAGCUCAGGAUCUCCGACUGUAUCCACGCACUCCUUUCUCAAGUCAGCACACCCGCAGUCAGCACACCACUCGGUAGCGGCGCAUGCACCAAUCAUGACUUGCUCCACCAAUUCAAUGCGUCAUACAACCGAGUCGAUAUUCUCGCACGACUGGUGGGAUCCUCCAGCCGUGCCUGCAUGUCAACUUCUUGAGCUAGUACGCUUGAAUGGGCUAUAUUGUUCAGCGGUAGCCUAUCCGUCAAUCACGACACACUCUGCCGGGACGAUGCGCCAUGCGAUUGGGCAAGUGUCCUUGCAUGAUCAGCCAUAUCCUUCAGCUGGUCACCCACCAGAGACAGCAGGUGUAUCGGCUUGCCACGUAUCGGGAUCGUCACCCUUGCUUGCCAGCGGCGGUUCUUUGAUUGUGAUUAAAUCUACUGGUUCGACGCGUCGAGAUAUCAUACGUUCUGCCCUCAUGGUUGCUCAGGCCCUCAACCAAGUUCUCGGAUGUGACAUCUACACGUCUAAACCCUUUCUGGGCGGAAUUCAGAUUACGACACUGAUGUGGCUAGGCUACGUUCCUGGUGUCAGGGACGGUCAUCUCCCAACUACCCCGCCCAUCAACGACUGGGACCCAGUUCAGGUUUACACUCGGACUGUCAGUGCGAUCGGUUGCACUUUACGUCAAGCCAAUGGCGUUACGGGAAAGGACCGCUAUGCCUCAUGGGCUGUCCCAGAUGAUUCCAAGUUAGACAAAUUACGCACGGCAUGGAGUUGUUCAGGCCCAAGACCUGCGUCAUCGGAGGGGCAUUACAGAUACAAAAACGAUGGCAUUAAAAUCCUAGGUAUCUCCCUAUCUGCUGGUAGACUAAACGCUACUUCGGGCAACUGGACGAGUCUGAGUAUCAGCAAGGAAACCGUCGUCUUGACUCAGCCCGAAGACUCGCAGCGGUAUCUCUCUCAGGUUGAAUGCCUAUUUACCUCAGCGCCCCCGGCUACUUCUGUACCUCCCUGUAACACCUCACCUCCUCAUGAGGUGAUUGACUUGCGCGAAAAACGCGUAAGCGCCGAACAAUCAGCCCAAAAAGCUGAUCAGAUAGAGUUGCAGGAAACUCCAGGGCCCCACUAUCCCCUGGAGUCCCCCCUCACGCCCCCAAGUCAAGCCCCAAAGGCAGACAAAAGGAAACAAAGGGAAGAGCCCCCACGUCGGCUAUCCGAAAAACUACUGGACUUGUUCCAGGUUCCGUCUGAAUGGAGGAUGGAAAGUGAAGAUCAACUUCUUCUCAGGCUUUCAGCCUGA